AUGUCGAGCCUGAGCACCCUCCUCAGAGCGAAAUCGAGAAAAACACCACCUCCUCCCCCCCACCUUCGAGGAUGGUUUGGUCCGUAUGGGGGGACCCAGUACAGCCUCGUGGUGUUCAACACGGUGGACUGCGCUCCUGAGUCCUACGUACAGUGUCACGCUCCCACCAGCAGCGCCUACGAGUUUGUCACCUGGCUUGAUGGCAUUAAGUUCAUGGGCGGGGGUGGCGAGAGCUGCAGUCUCAUCGCAGAAGGCCUCAGCACAGCCUUGCAGCUGUUCGAUGAUUUCAAGAAGAUGCGCGAGCAGAUUGGCCAGACACACCGAGUCUGCCUCCUUAUCUGCAAUUCACCGCCAUAUCUGCUGCCUGCUGUCGAGAGUACCACGUAUUCUGGGUGCACGACUGAGAGUCUCGUGCAGAAGAUCGGGGAGCGGGGGAUCCACUUCUCCAUUGUGUCUCCCCGGAAGCUGCCUGCCCUUCGGCUUCUGUUCGAGAAGGCGGCUCCCCCGGCCAUGCUGGAGCCGCUGCAGCCGCCCACUGACGUGAGCCAGGACCCGAGGCACAUGGUGCUGGUUCGGGGGCUUGUGCUGCCUGUCGGGGGUGGCUCAGCGCCAGGCCCCCUCCAGCCAAAACAGCCGGUCCCCCUGCCUCCUGCUGCACCCUCGGGUGCCACUCUCUCAGCAGCCUCCCAGCAGUCUCUGCCUCCCGUGCCCCCGCAGUACCAGGUUCCUGGGAACCUGAGUGCAGCUCAGGUGGCUGCCCAGAAUGCGGUGGAGGCUGCCAAGAACCAGAAGGCAGGGCUGGGCCCUCGCUUCUCGCCCAUCACCCCUCUACAGCAGGCCACUCCAGGAGUGGGUCCCCCCUUCAACCAGGCCCCAGCCCCCCCACUACCCUCAGGACCCCCUGGUGCCCCCAAGCCACCUCCUGCUUCCCAGCCCAGCCUGGUCUCUCAUGUGGCCCCUGGCCCAGGCCUGGCGCCCCCUGCGCAGCCUGGGGCUCCAUCCAUGGCAGGCACAGUGGCCCCAGGAGGAGUAAGUGGCCCUUCCGCAACCCAGCUCGGAGCCCCUGCCCUUGGUGGGCAGCAGUCAGUCUCCAAUAAGCUCUUGGCCUGGAGUGGUGUCCUCGAGUGGCAGGAGAAACCCAAACCUGCCUCAGUGGAUGCCAACACCAAGCUGACGCGGUCCCUGCCCUGCCAGGUCUAUGUGAAUCACGGAGAGAACCUGAAGACGGAGCAGUGGCCCCAGAAGCUCAUCAUGCAGCUCAUCCCCCAGCAGCUGCUGACCACCUUGGGCCCUUUGUUCCGGAACUCAAGGAUGGUCCAGUUCCAUUUCACCAACAAGGACCUGGAAUCUCUCAAAGGCCUCUACCGCAUCAUGGGUAACGGCUUUGCGGGCUGCGUGCACUUCCCCCACACGGCUCCCUGCGAGGUGCGCGUGCUCAUGCUGCUGUACUCGUCCAAGAAGAAGAUCUUCAUGGGCCUCAUCCCCUACGACCAGAGCGGCUUUGUCAACGGCAUCCGGCAGGUCAUCACCAACCACAAGCAGGUCCAGCAGCAGAAGCUGGAGCAGCAGCGAGGGAUGGGGGGACAGCAGGCACCCUCAGGACUGGGCCCCAUCCUGGAGGACCAAGCAAGACCCGCACAGAAUCUGCUCCAGCUCCGCCCUCCACAGUCCCAGCCUCAGGGGACCGUGGGGGCCUCUGGGGCCACUGGACAGUCCCAGCCCCAAGGUACUGCCCAGCCCCCCCCAGGUGCCCCCCAAGGCCCUCCUGGAACAGCCCCUGGCCCGCCCCCUCCCGGACCCAUCCUUCGGCCUCAGAACCCUGGGGCCAACCCCCAGCUGCGGAGCCUCCUCCUCAACCCACCACCGCCCCAGACUGGGGUGCCCCCACCCCAGGCUUCCCUCCACCACCUCCAGCCACCAGGAGCUCCUGCGCUGCUCCCCCCACCUCACCAGGGCCUGGGCCAGCCCCAGCUAGGCCCCCCCCUCUUGCAUCCGCCGCCUGCCCAGUCCUGGCCCACGCAGCUUCCCCAGCGGGCUCCACUACCAGGUCAGAUGCUGCUGAGCGGGGGUCCCCGGGGCCCGGUCCCCCAGCCGGGCCUGCAGCCCAGCGUCAUGGAGGACGACAUCCUCAUGGAUCUCAUCUGAACCCCCAACACCCAAUAAAGUUCCUUUUUAACACAC